AUAUUAUUCCAGAAGGCCUCUUUCUCGUUUGCUUUGCUUGGAGAAAAGGCAAACGAACCAUCGAAUCUGGUGACCAAUUUAGGGUUUUGAAGCUUAAGAUCGAUAGCAGGGCGAUUUUUUCAGAGUUUGAACUAUUGAGUUGAUUAUUUCGUCAAUUUGGAGCAGCAGGAGCUAGACAAAAUGUUUUUCCCAGGAUAUGGCUAUCAUGGAACCUCCUUUGAGCAAACAUAUCGUUGUUAUCCUGCAUCUUUUAUUGAUAAGCCGCAGCUGGAAAGUGGUGAUAAAAUUAUUAUGCCUCCUUCUGCUCUUGAUCGUCUUGCAUCACUGCACAUUGAUUACCCAAUGUUGUUUGAACUCCACAAUGCUGCUGCAGAGCGCAUUUCACAUUGUGGGGUGCUGGAAUUCAUUGCUGAGGAAGGCAUGGUCUACAUGCCAUACUGGAUGAUGCAAAAUAUGCUUUUACAAGAGGGAGAUACGGUCCGUGUUAAAAAUGCUACUCUUCCCAAGGGCACAUAUGUGAAAUUGCAGCCUCACACAAAGGACUUUUUGGACAUCUCAAACCCGAAGGCCAUUUUGGAAACAACUUUAAGGAACUUUUCCUGCUUAACCACUGGUGACAGUAUCAUGGUAGCUUAUAACAAUAAAAAGUAUUAUAUAGAUAUUGUUGAAACCAAACCAGCUUCUGCGAUUAGUAUCAUUGAGACGGACUGUGAGGUAGACUUUGCACCUCCACUUGAUUAUAAAGAACCUGAAAGACCACAACCUUCUGCCCCUUCAAGCAGCACUCCAAUUCAUGGUGCCGAAGUUGAACCUCCUGCUGAACCAAAGUUCAGCCCCUUCACUGGCAUCGGGAGGCGGCUGGAUGGAAAGCCUUCAAAGCAUCCAACUCCAGACUCUCUCCCUAUGAAGGGCCCAACAAUGGCUACAAAUGGUGUGAAGCCAGCAACAACAAACAAUUCACAGGCCAGCUCAUCAAAACAAACAGCAGGCAAACUUGUGUUUGGUUCAAGUAGGAGUACUGCUGCUGGCAAAGAAGCUCAGAAGGGACAGGCAAAAGAACCAAAGGAAAAUUCUUCAAAGACGGAAGAGUCGAAGUUUCAAGCUUUCACCGGGAAGAAAUACUCACUGAAAGGCUGAUCUAACUUAUUCACCUUUUGUAUAUCUUCUCGAAGAUCGAUAAUGCAUGUAAACUAAACUAAAAAAAAAAGAAAAAUACUCAUUUAGAAGAAUUGUUUACUUUCUUUGAAACUAGUGCUUAUUAUCUAUACAAAGGGUUCAUAGCAAAAUGGUCCUAUGAUUCUUCACCGAAAAAUGAAUACCUUCUAGUUUCUUAUGUGGAAUGGUUAAAGACUUGCCUAUGAAGUUAGAAGUUGUUUGUAUAAACUUGUGGGCUUGUGUAUGCCUGAAAAAUUCAUCAUCAUUGACU